CUGCCUCAGAGGAUCACACACAUCUCUACAACUAGACUAAGAGAUGGAUUCUGCAGUCAACAAAAAAAUAGAAGUGGCGGCACACGGCCGGCGAUUCAGCCUAGGGAUGCUGUACGACUGCCGCAAGGAUGUCCUGGUCCCUGAUGUGAAACUGUGGGACUGUGAUGACCUGGAAAAAUAUACAAGAGAAGUACCAGAAAGAGAGAUGGUGGCAUCUGAAUCAAUUGAGGAUAAAUCUUCAGCACUAAAUGUUGAAGCCUCGCUGAAAGCAAGUUUCUUGAGUGGACUGGUAGAGGUUGAAGGAUCAGCCAAAUACCUGAACGAUAGUAAGACUUCCAAAAAUCAUGCUAGAGUAACACUGACGUACCAAGCUACCACAAACGUCCACGAACUGUCCAUGGAUCAUCUUGGGAGAGGCAAUGUUAAGCAUCCAUAUGACUUUAAGAAAGCAAUAGCAACACAUGUAGUCACACGUAUCCUUUAUGGCGCUCAAGCCUUCUUUGUCUUUGACCGUGAUGUGUCUGUCAACGAGAACUAUGAAGAUAUUGAGAGCAACUUGAAGGUGAUGAUCAACAAAAUCCCCUCCCUAGCAAAAGAGGGCAAAGGCUUGCUGAAAAUGGAAGACAAGGAGAGAGCAAAUGUUGAUAAAUGUUCCUGCAAAUUCCAUCGAGACUUUGCUCUUGAAACAAAUCCUCUGUCCUUUCAGGAUGCAGUAAAAGUGUACCAAAGUCUGCCAAAGCUGCUGGAGGGUGGGGAAAACGCAGUACCAGUGAAGGUCUGGCUGUUGCCACUGACAUGUUUAGAUUCUACUGGCUCUAAACUUGUCCGCCAGAUAAGUAAAGGAUUAGAUAAAAAAUGUCAGAGUGUCCUGGAGGGCUUCAGUGACCUGGAAAUGAGGUGCAACGAUGCACUGAGAACCCAAACUGCACAGCAGUUCCAGCAGAUUGGAAAAAAACUUGAAACCUUCAAACAGAAGUGCUUUGAGUUCAAACAAGAAUUCCAACAAAACCUGGCAAAUAAACUGCCAUCAAUCCAAGGAGGAGGAGAAGAAGAAGCUGUGCUCGCAGAGAUCCGGAGGAAGACAUGUUCUUCUCCUUUCAACAGCAAGGACCUGAACGAGUGGAUGGACUGCAAGGAGAGAGAAAUCUCCACGUUAAAGUCAUACACCAACAUGAUGAAAAACACCAAGAUCGUUGCACGCGAAAAUGAUCUUCAUGAAGAAAUUCUAAAUGCAAAGCAGGCUGUGUGUUUUGUCUUCACCUCGCUGGGAAGUGAUGAACCAUACCUCUCAACUUUAUCAAACUACCUUCAACAAACACCCAAAACAGACGAUGCUCAAGAUCCACACACUCCAGAUGUAGAGAAGGGACAGUGGUACCUCACAAACAAAGUAGCAGAAACAUUGAGAAACAAAACAAAGCUAUUCAGUGAUUUUGCAGAGGCCAACAAGGAUAACAAGAACAUCACAUUUCUGACAGUGGGUUUAACAAAUGAGACACAGAAAGGUGCCAGCAUCUACCUUUAUACAGACGGCAUUUCUGUCAAUGAGAACUUUGAGCCGCCUUCAAAGCCUGCAAUAGUAACAGGAAGUGAUAUAAACCACAACAGUGUGACACUGAAGAUUUCUCCACCCAAAUGUGGAGCAGAGGACAUCACCUCCUACUCUGUUGAGUACUGUGUCAGUGGAGAGGACGGCUGGAAACAAAAGACAGCAUCCAAAGCUGAAGAAGUCACAGUGAGCGACCUGAGUCCUAACACAGAGUACAUGUUCAGAUGCAGGGCAGAGACACCAGUAGGUGCCGGGCCAGCCAAUGAAGUCAGUGGACCCAUUAAAACCUUACCCUGCAGCCCUCCUGGAAAACCCAACGUUGAAUCUACCUCACGUGAGAUAUUAGUCAGCUGGGAGAAACCUGCUGAGCUCGGACAAGAUGUCCACGUUUUGAGCUACAUCGUGGAGUACGCCAAACAAGACCAACAGGUGAAAGAGGAAGAUCUCCACUGGGAGCAAAUGAUGGCGGGAGCUGAGAAGGCGAGCAUUUCAGAAAUUCAGCCAGAGACAGAAUACGCUGUCAGGGUCAGGUGUGAUUGUGGUGCAGCUGGAACAAGCAAAGAAAGCAUCACUGUUAAUGUCGGCACAACUAAACGUGAAUUUGCACGUCUUGCAGAAUCCCUCAAAAGUAAAAGCAAAAGUAUCAAAUCGAAAUCUCUCUCAGUUUACAAACUGCCUCUGACAGAAGAAGACAUGCACGUCAAAGGAUGCCAGAUGUAUAACUUUGGCAGAGAAAGCAUGAAGCAAAAUUGCAAAAUAAUGCUUCUCGGAGCAACCGGAUCUGGAAAGUCCACUCUGAUCAAUGGACUCAUCAACUACAUAGUUGGUGUUGAGUGGAAGGACGAUUUCAGAUUCAAAUUAGUUGUUGAAGAUCAGUCGAGAUCACAAACUGAAAGCCAGACCCCUGAAGUCACUGUGUACAAAAUCAACCACCAAGAGGGCUUUAAAAUCCCUUUCUCUCUGACCGUUGUGGACACCCCAGGCUUUGGAGAUACAAGAGGCAUAAAAAGAGACGAGGACAUCACAGAGAAAAUCAGGGGGCUUUUAACUUCUGCGAAUGGAGUCGGUGAGAUUGAUGCUGUGUGUUUUGUCACCCAGGCCUCUCUUGCCCGACUAACAGCCACACAACGAUAUGUGUUUGAGUCUGUGCUCUCCAUCUUUGGCAAAGAUGUGGCAGAGAAUAUUCAGAUGCUGGUCACCUUUGCAGAUGGCAAGCAGCCACCUGUUCUUGAGGCAAUAAAGAAGUCUGGGGUUCCAUGUCCAAAACACCUAGGGCUUCCAGUUCACUUCAAAUUCAACAACUCAGCAUUGUUUGCAGAUAACAGAAGCAGCAGGGAACGGGUCAGUGAUGAGAAUUCUGAUGAGGAUGAUGUUAAAUUUGACGAAAUGUUUUGGAACAUGGGCAUCAAAAAUAUGGAGAAGUUCUUCACUGCUUUGACUAAACUGACAACCAAGACCCAAGAGGUUCUAAAAGACUGAAGGCAUAUUGAACCGGCCUUCGAAGGUUUGCAACCGCAAGUUGCUGGAUCAUCAAAUCCACCGAAAGAAAAGAUGAAAGAGCAUGAAGAUGAAAACUAAUACAAUACCAACCAAACAUCCAACAGGGGACUAUGUAAAAGUAUAAAAAGAGAAGCAUACACUGGAAGAGCUUAAAGUCAAGAACAAUAAAGCUGCAAAAGAAAAGAUGACUGUUCAGGAGUUGAUUGAGAGUCGAGAGCAGGAGAACUAUUACCUCCAAGAGAUGAUAGUGUCCCUCGUGGAUCAGUCAACUCACUCUUUAACUCGUCUGCAAGAGAUCGCCCUGAGGCCUAACCCUCUGACCACUCCAGAUUACAUUGACAUGCUGAUUGAAGGCCAAAGUGACAAUAACAAUUUAUAUGUACAGUUGAGCAGUAUGACAAUUAGUACAUUACAUUUAGUGUGCACAUAUUGUAUUGUUAUGACGCUAACAUGCUAACAUUUUUGCUAAUUGUCAUGCUAAAGAUAGCAUUACAUGUUAUCAUUAAAAAAUGAUAUCUUACUUUUUGGCAUUAACAAGAUUUUUUACACUUCCAGAAAAUUUGACCAGCUGUCGCUAAAUUAUUUCAUUUAGUAUUAGCACCAAAUGUAUUAAUUAAUUAAACUUUUUUUAAUUGGCCAAAAACAUCACUGACCACUGUUUUGUAUUAAUACUUUAUUACAUACUUAAGAUUGACGUUUAUAGAAAUGGUUUUUGGCUUGGCAGUUAUGUUUAUUUUGUCUUGAAAAACAUGCAAUAACAAAAUAACAGUUUAUUUCACCUAAUUCAAUUUGUAUACUUUAUAGGAUCCCAUAGCACUAGCAUGAUCAUUGGCUAUUCUUCCUGGGGUCCAAAGACACACAGUCAAACAAACAGCUCUUAAUUUCAUGCAAUUUCCAAUUUAAUAUGAAGUGAAAACGAAAAAACCAUCAUCCUAUUUUAACCAUCAUUAAGCCAAACAUAGUUGUACAUACCCAAAGACAAAGUUUAAUUAUACGUUAUGGUAGGGAGAUUUUUUUUUGCAAACUUUUGAAAUGUACUUGGUAAUUUUCCCGAAUGCGAUGGAAUGGCAAUGAAUACCAGCUGACUAUGGCUCUGUAUAUAUUAAUGUUUUCUUGUUUCAUUUGAUUCAGUUUUUAAUAACAUGGACCUUCCUUCUGUUGCAUGUCGUGUUUGAUAGUUAUUACAUUACAUUUAAUUUAGCUGACGUUUUUAUCCAAAGCAACACUAGUGGUGGUGUUUCUGGCGGGAUUUGAACUCACAACCUUCCGAUCUUCAGCCCACCUCACUAUCCAUUAGACCACCACUAUCCCUAUAGUUAUGUUGAGCAAACUGCAAUCUUAAUCCAUGAUGCAUUCUGUAUUCGUUUUUUUUUGAUUCCUUUUUCUUCUGUUUUAAUUACAAAAAGGACAAGAUAAUAAUUACAUUGAAAAUUUCGAAUAAAAUACCAAUAUGUUUGGUAUUACUGGAAACCGUACUUAAUUAUUUUAAUAUUAUGUAAUUGAGUUGUGACAAUAAAAUGAUUGUGUUGGA